AUGCAACGAAAUAACAAACACAUUCCUUUUUCUCUUCGUUGCACCACUUUCACUUUCACUUUCAAUUUCACUUUUUUUUAUUCUAUUCUAUCUAUCUAUCUAUCUAUCUAUCUAUCUAAUUCCUUUACGUUACAGAGCACUUUCUACCGGAAUUUUGUGUUCAUCGUAUUCUUCUUUUUCUCCUUCUUCUUCUUCUUUUCUUCUUUUUCUUCUUUUUCUUCUUCUUUUUCUUCUUUUCUUCUUUUUCUCCUUUCUUCUUCUUUUCUUCUUUUUCUCCUUCUUCUUCUUCUUAUCAUUAUUAUUAUUAUUAUUAUUAUUAUUAUUAUUAUUAUUUACAAAUUCCCUUCCACACCCGUCAUCCCUAAGGAUCCCUCACUUUUCGAACGGCCAAAUAAGCAAGAUAAUAGAAUUACGCGCUGUGAUAAAAGGACGUCAGUGAAGUUCGUUCCGAUGAUGGGCGAUGACGAAAAAUGGACGAAAGAGAAGCGGAAGAGGAAAAGGCUUUGCCGUCUUUUCGCUGUCCCAAUCGAAUAUUCACUCCAUCUAAAGCUUUUCUCUGUCCAGACAUGGAAAAGGUUAAGGCAUUGCCCGGACGAUCCAUUCCCUCUCCGACUCCUAAGACGAGGAAAAAGAAAAACUAAGAGUGAGAAAGAAAAUUGUCCCGAAGAAACCUCCUAUUAUGCUAUUUUGCCUUCACUCACCAACCUAUACGUUGACGCUUGUCUAUUUCUUGUGUCUCUUUCGACCCUCUUUACCCACCACUACAAAACCUUUCUUCCUCCCUGCCCAUUCCUGUUCAAAGACCUUCCUUGUUCACAGCCAAAAGGUCUUCUCCUUUUAAGAAAGGAAAAUGAAACUGCAAUUUUGUCUUGUCUUCUUCCAUCUUUCUUUGUCCUACCUACAGCUAAUGUCUCUGUAUUUAUUCUUUCUUUCUUUCUUUCUUUCUUUCCUACUACUACUAUUAUACAUACAAGCCUUUUCAUUAUCUAUCUAUCUAUCUAUCUAUCUCAGUCUGUUUAUAUCUAUCUAUCUAUCUAUCUAUCUAUCUAUCUAUCGCUAUCUUUCAUUAUCUCUCUAUCUAUCUAUCUAUCUAUCUAUCUCAAUCUUUUCGUAUCUAUCGCCGUCUUUUCAUUAUCUAUCUAUCUAUCUAUCUAUCUAUCUAUCUCACCUUUUCAUUAUCUAUCUAUCUAUCUAUCUAUCUAUCUAUCUAUCUAUCUAUCUCAGUCUUUUCAUUAUCUAUCUAUCUAUCUAUCUAUCUAUCUAUCUAUCUAUCUAUCUAUCUUAUCUUUUCAUUAUCUAUCUAUCUAUCUAUCUAUCUAUCUAUCUUAUCUAUCUAUUUAUCUAUCUAUCUUAGUCUUUUCAUUAUCUAUCUUCUAUCUAUCUUCCUAUUCUUUUCAUUAUCUAUCUAUAUCUAUCUAUCUAUCUAUCCUAUUCUUUUCAUUAUCUAUCUAUCUAUCUAUCUAUCUAUCUAUCUAUCUUAUCUUUUCAUUAUCUAUCUAUCUAUCUAUCUAUCUAUCUAUCUAUCCUAGUCUUUUCAUUAUCUAUCUAUCUAUCUAUCUAUCUAUCUAUCUUAGUCUUUUCAUUAUCUAUCUAUCUGGUCUUUUCUUUAAUUGA